GUUUAUACAAAGAUGUAGAUCAUCUCUCUUUAGAUAUCUCAAAUUCAUUACUCUCUUUCAAUUCAACCACUCAUUUGCCUUUGAUUAUAUCUGUCACUCCUUUACAUUAUUCCUAGUUACUCAAGAUGAGGGUUUUAAUCGUUCUUUCUGCCUUGACCGGCUUAAGUCAAGCUGUUGCCGUCGCUCCCCGACAAGCUAUCAGUCCAUCGGAAGUUGCUGUCACAUCAACCAGCCUCAGUACAGUCACAAAUACCAUUAUCACUGCCUAUCCGAUUAUCACUACAGCAACGACCUGUAAUGUAAAAAGUGCAAUCCCAACAGGCACUUGCUCGGGCGGUGCGGUCUGGUCCUUGCCCGGAGGCAAUUAUUAUUCUCAGCAAUGCUCUGCAUCGCUCGAUGGUGGAAAUAUCAUUCGUGCCUAUGUCGAGCCUGUUGGAGCUGCUGCCACUUCUAUCUGUGUAUCCUUCUGCAAUGUUCUCAACAAUCUGAAAACAUCUGCCAGUUCAUGUAACGGAAUUGUUUUUACCACUAUUGGUGCUCUAUAUCAGUGCUUCUUGAAAAAUGGAGCUGUCACUCAAGUACCAGCUAGUUCAAGCGUUUUCAACGUUGUGCAAUAUACAACUAAUCCUUGUGUUGUCACAAGCACUGCUUUACAAACGGAUACUUCAUACGAGACGGUUACGUCUACUAUUGAGGUCGUUUAUACUUCGACUAUAACUCCUUCAGCGGCUGCAACUACCAGCACUUCUGAAACCCCUUCAAUCGCGGCAACCACUAGCUCUUCUGAGAUUCCAUCAGCAGCAGCAACAUCUAGCUCUUCUGAGAUUCCAUCAGCAGCAGCAACAUCUAGCUCGUCUGAGAUUCCAUCAGCAGCUGCCAGUAGCUCCGCCAUCGUCAUCCCAUCGACCAAUGCAACCAUCAGCACUUCCGAAAUCCCCUCCGCGGCAACCACAACUUCAAUCCCAACUUUCUCUCCAACCAACACAACCAUCAGCACUUCUCAACUCCCAACCAUACUCCCCACCCUCUAUCCAACCAACACAACCAACACAACCAUCAGCACCUCCCAGCUCCCCUCCGCAGCAAUCCCAACCUUAAUAUACACCAACUCCUCGAUUUCCAUCUCCAUAUCCACACCUACCACCACUUCCACUACCGCCGCAUCUUCCAGUGCUGUAGUCGACGACAACGACGACGGUGAUGAUGAUGAUGACGAUGUGUGUUACUACGACGACGAGGAAGACGACGAGGAGGAAGAAGACGCCUAUUAAGUAGGAAAUCAUGAAAGGAGUCUAGAUACAGACGACGUAUAUAUAUCCUGGACAAAACCAGAUAGAUAGAUAGAUAUAUCAAAGCACAUGAGUUUCGAGAAAAAAGAAGGGGAAAUAGAGUAUAUUAGAGCGCAUCGCAAAUCUCAUCAUCACAUUCUUGUAUAUAAUUAAUUAAUAUAUAUAAUAUCAAUUCAACGAUUCUAAAAUUCUGAGUCUGUAUAGCA